AUGGCUCCCAAGGUCGGUAUCAACGGCUUCGGUCGUAUUGGACGUAUUGUCUUCCGUAACGCCAUCAACUCUGGUGACGUCGAGGUUGUUGCCGUCAACGACCCCUUCAUUGAGACCCACUAUGCUGCCUACAUGCUCAAGUACGACAGCACCCACGGCAAGUUCAACGGUACCAUCGAGACCUACGAGCAGGGCCUCGUUGUCAACGGCAAGAAGAUCCGCUUCUUCGCUGAGCGUGACCCCGCUGCCAUCCCCUGGGGUCAGGAGGGUGCCGACUACGUUGUCGAGUCCACCGGUGUCUUCACCACUCAGGAGAAGGCCUCUGCUCACUUGAAGGGUGGUGCCAAGAAGGUCAUCAUCUCUGCUCCCUCUGCCGAUGCCCCCAUGUUCGUCAUGGGUGUCAACAACACCGAGUACAAGAAGGACAUCAACGUUCUCUCCAACGCCUCUUGCACCACCAACUGCCUUGCUCCCCUCGCCAAGGUCAUCAACGACAAGUUCGGUAUCGUUGAGGGUCUCAUGACCACCGUCCACUCCUACACCGCCACCCAGAAGGUUGUCGAUGCCCCCUCCAGCAAGGACUGGAGAGGUGGCCGUACUGCUGCCCAGAACAUCAUCCCCAGCUCCACUGGUGCUGCUAAGGCUGUCGGCAAGGUCAUUCCUUCCCUCAACGGCAAGCUCACCGGUAUGGCCAUGCGUGUCCCCACCGCCAACGUUUCCGUUGUCGACUUGACCUGCCGUCUCGAGAAGUCUGCCACCUACGACGAGAUCAAGCAGACCCUCAAGGCUGCCUCUGAGGGCGAGCUCAAGGGUGUUCUCGGCUACACUGAGGACGACAUUGUCUCCUCCGACCUGAACGGUGACAGCCACUCCUCCAUCUUCGAUGCCAAGGCCGGUAUCGCCCUCAACCCCAACUUCGUCAAGCUCGUCUCCUGGUACGACAACGAGUGGGGUUACUCCCGCCGUGUUGUUGACCUCAUUGCCUACAUCGCCAAGGUCGACAGCCAGUAG